GAGGGCCAUGUUGAAGUGGCCGGCUUGCUGCUGGCAGCUGGUGCCUCUCCUGGCCACGCCUCUCUAGAGGACUGCUCUACGCCUUUGCAGCUGUCAGCUCAGCAGGGCCACGUGCCCAUCGUGCGCAUUUUGCUGGAUGCGAGGGCCUCUGCGAACCAAGCCGCAGAAAACGACGGCACGACUCCUUUGCAUCUGGCUGCCCAGGAGGGCCAUGUGGAAGUGGCACGCUUGUUGCUGGAAGCUGGAGCUUCCCCUGAGCCAGAGCUGACAGAUGGUGCUGCUACUCCCCUACAUUUGGCAGCUCAGGAGGGACAUGUGGACGUGGCACGCUUGUUACUGGAAGCUGGGUCCAAGGUUGGUCAAGCAAAAGAAAACGGCACAACUCCUUUGCACGUGGCAGCUGAACAGGGCCAUGUAGAGAUGGCGCGGAUAUUGCUGGAUGCUGGAGCCCUUUGCGGGGCAGCCAGAACCGACGGUGUAAUGCCUUUGCAUCUGGCAGCUCAGGGAGGCCACCAGGAAGUGGUACGGUUGCUGCUGAAAGCUGAUGCCAAGUGUGAGGAUGCAGCUGUCCCUCUCGGAAUGACUCCUCUGCAUGUCGCAGCCCUGGCCGACCAUGUAGAGGUGGUGAGCUUGCUGCUAGAUGCUAGAGCUUGCUGCAACGCAGUCACCGUAGAGGAUGGCGCAACACCGCUGCACUUUGCAGCUGAGAAAAGCUACACGGCAGUGGUGCAAACUUUGUUGGGCGCCCGAGCAUCUUGUAAUGCAACCAGGACAGAUGACGGGGCCAUUCCUUUACAUUUAGCCGCUCUGUAUGGCCACGCAGAGGUGGUGCAAAUGCUGUUGGAGGCUGGAGCAUCUUGCAAUCAAGCUGCAGCAGAUGACGGCAAGGCUGCUUUGCACUACGCAGCCGAGUCUGGGCACAAAGAUGUUGUAAAAAUGCUGCUGGAUGCUGGAGUUUCUCGAGAUCAAGCCACCCCAGAUGACGGUUGCACGCCUUUGCAGCUAGCUGUUCGGGCCGGGCAUACGGAGGUCGUAUCCAUGUUGCAAAGCAAAGCCAGGAGACUGAGUUAA